AUUUCCACUUGCUAAAGAUUUGAUCCCUUUCAAUGAUUUUCUAUUAAAUUGAUAAUGAUUCAAAGUAAAACAGCAACACAUAUACUUCAAUGGCAUCUUUGAGGUUAAGAAUUUCUAUCCUGGCUUUCUGUACUUGCCUAGUUAUUCAGUGCAGCUGCUAUGGCCAUUCUGUGCUUCAGAAAAAGCAUGCAGCCCUAUUCAUCUUUGGUGAUUCAUUUUAUGAUCCUGGAAAUAAUAACUACAUAAACACCACCACUGAUUUCCAGGCCAAUUGGUUCCCAUAUGGUGAGACCUUCUUCAAGUAUCCAACUGGCAGAUUUUGCGAUGGACGUUUAAUCCCAGAUUUUCUUGCUCAGUAUGCCAAGUUACCAAUUAUACCAGCAUAUUUACAACCUGGGUUGAACAACUAUACUAAUGGGGUGAACUUUGCUUCUGGCGGAGCUGGUGCUCUAGUUGAAAGUCAUCAGGGACUUGUGAUAGACCUUAAAACUCAAAUAAGUCAAUUCAGGAUGGUGGAGAAGCUGUUGAGGCACAAACAAGGUGAUGCAGAAGCCUACACAGUGCUCUCCAAAGCUGUUUACAUAAUAAGCAUUGGAGCCAAUGACUAUAUUUCGCCAUUAGCAUCCAAUUUUAGCAAUGAAGAAUAUGUUGGCUUGGUUAUUGGCAACCUGACAAUUUGGAUCAAAGAAAUAUACAAGAAAGGAGGAAGGAAAUUUGGAUUUUCAACCUUGCCGCCUCUCAAUGAAAUACCGAGCCUGAGAGUACAUAAACCAGGGGACACAAGCCCCUCAGCGGAAGAAGUUAUACCACUAGUGAAACUACACAAUAAAGCACUUGGAAAACUGCUCCUAAAGCUGAAGAGAGAGCUCGAAGGAUUCAAAUACUCAACCAUUGAUGUCCAUACAUACCUAAAACAAAUUAUAAAUCGUCCAUCAAAAUAUGGCUUCAGUGAAGGAAAGACGGCAUGUUGUGGCUCUGGUCCAUACGGAGCAAUUGAUUCUUGUGGAGGGAAGAGAGGAGUGACUAAGUAUCAGUUGUGUGACAAUGUUGCUGAAUACGUAUUUUUCGACUCUUUCCAUCCAACCGAAAAGGUUUACAGGAAACUAUCCAAGUUAUGGUGGAGGCAUAACUUGAAGGAGCUAUUUGAAGUUUAGACAUAAUACAUGGCUUGAUACCAAAAGAAGGGGAGAAUAAAUUCUAAUCAAUAGCUGACUUGGUUCAGCCAAUAAGAGUUGUAACUCUUCAUUCAAAUAAAUCAGAGUGUGUUUUGCUUUUAUCAAAUAUUCUUGUUUCUUUCAUUCUUUUCUUUAAGUGAAAUCUAUAGAGGUGCGAUAUAGUUUGUAAACUUAUCAGCAACAUUAUUUGGUAUUAGUUUGAAAACUGAAUACUAACAUUGACGGAAGGGAGUGACAACGCUCCAUAUCGAGGAAUUUUGAGCUGUGAAGGGAAGGGUCAUAGAUUG